ACACCCCUUCAAGAGACCUUAGACAUCAUUGUCUCUUCCAAAUAAACCCCCACAAAUACUCUUCUCUCUCUUCUUUUUAACGCGCACUUUAAAAAUGGCAAAAUUGGACCCUCUCGUCAUUGGCAGAGUUGUUGGAGAUGUGAUAGACAAUUUUAACCCAAGUGUGAGAAUGUGUAUCACUUUCAACAACAAACAAGUUUACAAUGGUCAUGAACUCUUUCCUUCUUCUGUCACCGUUAAACCUAGGGUUCAAGUUUUUGAUGGUGACUUGAAAUCAUUUUUUACCUUGGUCAUGACGGAUCCAGAUGUUCCUGGACCCAGUGAUCCUUAUCUUAAAGAGCACUUGCACUGGAUAGUCACAGAUAUUCCAGGCACUACAGAUGCAACUUUUGGGAAAGAGAUAGUUAGCUAUGAGUUGCCGAGGCCAAACAUAGGCAUACACAGGUUUGCAUUCAUCCUGUUUAAGCAGAAACGCAGGGCCAGUGUGGUGGCACCGGGCGGUCGAGAUCGAUUCUGCACCAAACUAUUUGCUGAACAGAACCAGUUAGGCCUUCCUGUUGCUGCUGUCUAUUUCAAUUGCCAAAGGGAAACCGCUGCUCGUAGGCGCUAGCUAGCUCAUCUAUUGCAAGAUUGAUCUUCUGUAUUACAAAUUAAUAAUAAGACUUUGCGCUCUAAUGAUAUGGAUGAGUGCCACUUUGUGAUCUUCUGUGCUAGAUAGAAAAGAUGACGAAAUUAAGUGGAGUAUUUAUGUAUGUUUUAUGUUAUGAUCCCAUAAUGUAAUGUUAGGAGAUAUAGUUUUAUUUCUUUAAUGCAUGUGCAUGAUUACUAUGUGUAUUAGUUACACCUUGUAUGAUCUUUCCAAUAAUAUUAUAUCUACCAAUCAUU